CGCGGGCCCACGCUGGGGGCGGGCUCUUGCGUGAGGGGCGGGGCCGGUGUGGGCGGGGCCAUGCCUGGGGGCGGGCUUUGCGCUUCGACCUGCGCCCGCCCUGGCCGCUGCGCUGGAGAGCGGUGCCCGUCAGCGGGACGGCCGCAGACGCUGAGUGCGGUGGAGCGUUUAGGUAGCAAGUGAGAUUGUGACAAUAAAAGCUCAAGGCCAGGCCUGCUGGCGUUGGGGGUGGACGGCAGCCGAAGGUGGCCCAAGUCCCCGGGCCCCUGCGCCCACCUGGGAGACCUGGGUGGAGCUCCUGGGCCAGCCCUGGGCAUCUGGGGAGUGGACAAGCGGCUGGAAGCGCUCUCUCCUUCCCUCUCUUCCUUCCUCACUCUGCCUUUCAAAUCAAUUUUAAAGAACCAGUUUGCUGCCUUUGUCACACUGGUCUCGUCUCGGGGAAGCGGCUGCUGUGUGGUUCCCGGCUUGGCGGCGGCGGUGCCACUUCCCCACCACCACCACCACCAGCUGCUGCCUGUACCGGGCCGGCCCCGAGCCUCCCCCCUUCUCUCUCACUGGCUGUGCGGGGCGACCUCAGCUCCAGAUCUCACACCUGCCAGGACACUUUUCCACCCGGGGUCACACACAGGUGCUGGGGUCAGGCCUGCUUCUCAGGAAGCUCUGUCCUAUCUGCUUUAUCCACUGAUCAGGGCUCCCCCCGCCCCCAUCAAGGGAAGGAGACACGGCCGGGAGGCGGCUGUGCUGGGCACCCCGUCCAGCUUCCUGGUCCUGCUAAAGCCAUCAGAUGUCCCACGUGCCCGGAGCCGGCGCCCCCAGGAGGCUUCCGAGACACUGUUUGUGUCUGUUUCGAGCUGUCUCCUUGGGAACCUGCACUGCCGGGGCCCAGAGCCUGGAGGAGACGCCUUCCUCCAGGGAGGCUGGAAGCCCCUGACCCCGCCAGGGCCGCACAAGGAGGAGCGCUCAGCGGCGGAGCCGGCCGGGGCUGCGAGCUCCCGGGAUGGGCUGCUUGGGGAGCGCCGCCCUGUCUGUCCUCGUGUUUGUGCCCCUCUGUCUGUGCGGGGCUUCGGCACAGGACGCCGGCCCUGCCGGGCCAAGAAGGCCGUUUCUCGAGAGGCUGCGAAGACUGGAAGAGCAGUUCCGGAGACUCCAGGAAGUGACGCUGGUGCACCUGCAGGCCAUCGCCGACAGCUACAACGCGUCCGUGGGCGUGCACGCCCGGCUCCAGGGCCUGGCUGCGGAGAGCCGGGCCGCGGCUCUGGCACUCAACCAGUCACAGGCUGCCGUGCAGGGGGACCUGGCGCAGCUGCAGGCCUGGGCGAGGAAGGCGCAGCGCAGGAGCAGGAGGGUGGGGGCGCGGCUGCGGGCCCUGGCCCUGGCCCUGAGCGAGAAGAGUGCGCGGCGCUCCCAGGAGGAGAAGCAGCACCAGGCACAGAGGGAUGCCGUCUCGGGCCUGGGCCUGGACGUGCGGGCCCUGCAGGACGCACUGGCCCGCCUGACACUCCACGUCCAUGGCCAGGAUGCCAGGCUGGCUGCCCUUGAAGGGCGGCAACCUACGGCCAAGCCCGGCACCACAGCCCCCAGGCUGACCCCAACCCCAGCCCGGGCACCACCUGCGCAGUCAGGCCCGAGCCCCCUGCAGCUGCAGGGCCACAGGCAGGGUCCUGGGGCUUCUCCUGGAUCCAGGAGCCCUGCUCAGGACUUGAGUGCUGGUCUCCAGCGGACACGGGAGCCCCCCGCCCCAGGCAGUCAUCAGGUGCUCACUGGGGCUGCCAUCACUCAGAGGGACCCUCCUCCGUGGGCGCCGACCCCCCAGGGGCCAGGAGAGGCUUGCGGCCUGGGCCCUGUGCUGGUUUUCCCCAACGCCUCCACGGAGAACGUGGCCUUCCUCGGGCUGGGCCUCCCUGUGGCCCUGCGGGCCCUGUCCUUCUGCAGCUGGCUGCGCACGGCCCCCGGCCGCCUGGGCACCCUCCUCUCCUACGCCACCGAGGACAACGACAACAAGCUGGUGCUGCACGGCCGAGACUCCCUGGCUCCGGGCACCGUCCACUUCGUGAUCGGUGACCCGGCCUUCAGGGAGCUGCCCCUGCAGUCACUGCUGGACGGCCGCUGGCACCACGUCUGCGUCAUCUGGACGUCCCUCCAGGGCAGUCCAGCUCUCUGCUGUGGCCUGGGAAAGCAGCGGAAGAUGACCCAAGUCCUCGGGGGACCUGGAGGAAGCUCCUGGCUCCUGGCUUUGGCCUGGCCCAGCCCCGGCCGUUGCGGCCAUUUGGGGAGUGAACCAGCAGAUGGAAGACCUCUCUCCCUGUAACUUUCAAAUCUUUUAAAAUGAUCACAUCUUAAAAAUAAAAAAACAAAUUUCAGAAAGCAGAGUGGGGAGUCCAGGCCUGGCGCCCACAGAAGCCCAGGGGCCAGAGACCCUCUGCCAGGUGCAGCCGAUUGAACCAUGGCGAGUGGCCACCCUGGCCCAGAGCCGGCAGCGGCCAGACGGAGCACAGGGGGCCUGAGUCUCCAGGCAGCACCUCCGGGGGCUCUGCUGCCCCCACCCUGCAGCUUAAGGUCAGCGUGUCCACCUACUCAGGAGUGGACUCCCCGAAGGUACUCAAGAGGUGCAAACGGCCCGGGGGUGGUGGGCACCUUACAGUGCCAAGGGGUGGGUGAGGGUCGCCCAGACGUCCCAGCAGCCACAGCGCUGCCGGCCAGGCAUCCACUGCGUCCUAGGCUCGCGAUUCUGGCAGACAUAGGGCAGGGUCGCCCCAGGAGGGCCGGGCGCUGGGCAAGGGCCCCGGGUGUGGUCAUCAGUGUCCCAGCGGCGCCCCGCCCCGCGUGGGUCCGCGGGGUCUGGGAUGGGCGGACGCUGGGAAGCCGUCCACGUCCCCCCCACCCGGGUCCGCGGCAGCUGCCCACGCGCGCUGGAGCUGGACGGCGCCUCUCGGGUCACCAAGGCCCACCUGCGCCCUGCGUCCCUGACGGAUCUGGGUCAGAGCGGAGCCUCCCAGAGGGGCCGUGCCUGCGGCGGGGGUCGGUCCCGCCGCGCCCACCCUCAGCCCUGUGUUUGAAACAGUCACGUGACCACGGAAGACGACUCGGCCCUGCUCUGACGGAGGCGACCUCUGGGACCCGGCUGCCCCCAGGGGUCGUCCCCGCGUCAGCUCGACCCUCGGGCCCCUCGCCACGAACCGCGGGCCUCGUCCCCCACAAACCCCGCUCAACCGCCUAACCCGGUCCACUCGGCCACGCCCACUCGGGGGUGCCCCGCCCCCAGCGGUGCAGCUC